AAUAAUUUAGAGCGGCGGCGGCGGCAGCAGCGGCGGAUGCGGGCAGGAGGCGGCGGCAACAGCGGGGACCAAGCAGCAGCGGCUAUGCAUCCAAGUGCGGCUGGGCAGCCGCGGCACCCCUGAGGCCCGGGUGGGGCUCCCGGAACAUCGCGCGGAGGGACGCUUGUCCCAUAGUGCGGGAAACAGCAGUUGUGUCCGGGGCGGCGUCGGCGAAGCUGCGCACGGAGCUGAGGAGGGGGCUUCGGAGCAGGGCUGGGGAGGGGGGGCGGCUGGCGCAGGCAGCCCCCGGGGUGGGGGCGGGGUGGGCGCGGGCGGCGCGAUGCUGGGCGUCGUGGAGCUGCUGCUGCUGGGGGCUGCGUGGCUGGCAGGCCCGGCCCGAGGGCAGAAUGAGACGGAGCCCAUCGUGCUCGAGGGCAAGUGCCUGGUGGUGUGCGACUCCAACCCCACGUCGGAUCCCACGGGCACAGCUCUGGGCAUCUCGGUGCGCUCCGGAAGCGCCAAGGUGGCUUUCUCUGCUAUCAGGAGCACCAACCACGAACCGUCCGAGAUGAGUAAUCGCACCAUGAUCAUCUACUUCGACCAGGUACUAGUGAACAUCGGGAACAACUUUGAUUCAGAACGCAGCACUUUCAUCGCCCCGCGCAAAGGGAUCUACAGUUUUAACUUCCACGUGGUAAAAGUCUACAACAGACAGACCAUCCAGGUGAGCCUCAUGUUAAACGGGUGGCCAGUGAUUUCAGCCUUUGCUGGCGACCAGGACGUGACGCGGGAGGCAGCCAGCAACGGAGUCCUAAUUCAAAUGGAGAAAGGCGACCGAGCAUACCUCAAGCUGGAGCGGGGGAACUUGAUGGGGGGCUGGAAGUACUCGACCUUCUCCGGAUUCCUCGUGUUUCCCCUCUGAAUGGCCCAAAGCCUGGAUGGAGGCCGGGAGAGGGGGGAAGGCAGGAGAAAAGGUCUGAAAUUAAGAGGGCGAGAAAGUAGCACCACUUGAAACUUCCUACACGUUCACUGGCUGUAUCUGGGCAAAAAAAUGUGCGCAUCUGCGGUUGGACAACUUAGUCCAUUUCCUUAUUAGGAGAAGUAAAUUCCGCUUAGCUCUGCGCACUCACAUUUCCAAAAAUAAACUCGCCUCCCCAUUCCAGGUUCAGUAAUCAAGCAAGUGACUGCCUCGUCAUUGUUUCUGACCCCCAAGUUCUGUUCCCAACAAUUUAUUUAAAAGAAACUUUGUACUUAACUAAUAAUGUAAAAUCUCUCUCCCUAUCCCUCCUCUAAAUCCUUCCACUUAUUGAACCCUAACAUGUUUCCUCUUUCUUUUUAGUUUGGAGAGGGGGUAAAAAUUUUUGUUCUCUGUUUUUGCUUUGGAAUGGGGGAGGUAGUUUUAACUUGACAAGUAUUGCUCUUCUUAAAACACUGCUCAAGAGUUAAUUAGCCGAAGAUACUCUGUAUCCUCGGCUGCUUGCUAGCCGAGAAAGGACUCACCUUAGUGGUGACUGGUUUAAAA